AAGUUGGUAUUUAACUAAAUAAAAUUUAAUUUCUUUCCCACAAAUUAUUUCAUUUCACUUUCUCUUCUCAAUUUUGGCGCCCAUUUUCGACCAUGGCUUCUCAUCUGGAUACGGACUCUUCGAACCCAGCAGUUUUCGUCAAUGGCGAGCUUCUUCGCUCCUACAUUGGGAAAAGGGUUCGGGCUUUGGUUCAGGUUAUCAGAUCUGAAAACGGAGCUGUGAUCGGAAAAUCAACGGAUGAUAAUCAGAUUUUUGUGAAGGGUACUCCGCCGCUGGGUUCUCUCACGGGUUUUGUUGAAGUGAUUGGGAUUGCUGAUGAUGAUAGAUCAAUUCGUGCUGAGAUUUGGAACAAUUUUGGGGAUAAAAUUGACACGCAAAACUACAAUCGGCUUUGUCAACUAUCCAAUGGAGAAUUCAAACACUUGUUCAUCUAAUGAUGAGUAGUUUCCGAGGCCGCCUUAGCUUUUCGCAGCUUGUUUUUUAGGCGAGGCAUCAUGAUUUCAAGUAUGUAAAUGAAUGAGGAUUGUGUAGUGUUCCAAGUUAAAUUUUCUACUAGAGGUUUACAUAAUUCAAGUAUGUAAAGGCA